GUUCCUCUUCCUGUGAGCAUGUGCUCCAAGAUGACUCAGGUUAGCCAUCAGCAGUGGGGAGAGGUGUCUGGCCUGGGCAGUGUGGACCUGUGGCUCCUCAAAUCUUCCCAGGUGCGGGUGGAGAUUCUCACCCUGGGUGCAAUUAUCAGGUCUGUGUGGAGCACAGGGAAGGAUGGGAAGAUGGAAGAUGUUGUCCUGGGCUAUGAUGACCUGGAAGGUUAUGUGUCAGAUAAGAGGUAUUUGGGAGCUGUGGUGGGCCGUGUGGCCAACAGGAUUGCACAAGGACACUUUGUAGUGGAGGGAAAAGAAUACCAACUAGAUAUCAACAAUGGACCUAAUGCACUGCAUGGAGGGCUGCGAGGCUUCAAUAAGGCUAUCUGGCAUGCUGCAGCAGUGGAAGGUGGUGUACAGUUGAGUCUUACCAGUCCAGAUGGAGACCAGGGUUAUCCUGGAGAGGUGCAGGUCUCCGUCACCUACACUCUACAGGGCGAAACUCUGACUGCUGAAUAUCAAGCCAAGUGCACUAAAACCACUCCGAUCAACCUCACCAACCACUCAUACUUCAAUCUGGCAGGACAGGCUGCAGCAGACAUCUAUGACCAGGAAGUGUCCAUCAGUGCUCAGUCCUACCUCCCAGUGGAUGACACAUCAAUUCCUACAGGAGAGAUCAGAGCAGUGGAAGGAAUGCCUUUUGACCUCAGAAAGCCAGUUCUGAUUGGCUCUCGGCUGAAGGAAGUUCCAUGUCCAGGAUUUGAUCACAACUUCUGUCUGUCAUCACCUGGAGACCCCUGGACAGAGAGACAUGCUGCCAGGGUGUGUCACCCAGCCAGUGGGCGUGUCCUGGAGGUUUCAACUAGCCAACCAGGGGUCCAGUUCUACACAGCCAACUUCCUGGAUGGCUCCAUAGUAGGAAAGGGUGGGGCUAGGUACGGGAAGCACAGCUCCUUCUGCCUGGAGACUCAGAAUUGGCCUGAUGCUGUUAACCAGGCUUCAUUCCCUGACUGUCUUCUGCGUCCUGGUGAGGAAUACCGACACAUCACUCGCUUCAUCUUCACCACUGUGUGAUCUGAAGUCAACAUUUCUGUCUACCAGCUGUGGACCUUUGAAGAAGAUAACUGGUUUUGUGCCAUACUUGAUUAAUUAAAAAAAAAGUACACUAAUUAAUCAAAUUAAUUAAUAACGACUAACUGGAGCUUUUUGUUUAUAGCAUCAGAUUAGUCCUUCCCUAUUGACUGAUUGUGAUCUGUCUGUCUUUCUCGUGCAAUUUUUAAAAUAAUCGAGCUGUGUGUUAGUCUUCACCCGUGUGUGUUCAGCAUCUUUACAAAAGCUCAACUCUUCCUAGAACAGGAGGUAAGGAGGCGGAUUUGGGUGAGAGGGCAUCCUACUACUCUGCAAAGAGACCUGUUGGGUUGCCAUGACAACCUCAUAUCCAUCACACAGUGACGACAUGACAGAAUUUGUGAACGUCACUGCCUCAGAGCUGGAGAUAACAGGAAACUUAUCUCCAUCAGACCCAGGCUCUGUGACUUCCUGAGGUUGGUGGUUUGACAGUAGGGGCUGAAACAGACUUCACAGUUAGUAUGAAACUGCAGCUGCAUUUCAAGCAGGGAAGAGUGAGGCCUUUGUUUCACAUUUACAGUUUCACAGACUGAAGAAGGAACAGUGAUACCACCCGCCUCACAGGUAGAUCAGUUUCAGUUGGUUUAUUUCCUGCCACAAUCUGGAUCUUCUUGUGGAGUUUCUGCUUCUUGCCAGUUUUGAAAUGACUUUAGUUUAAAAUGUUAUCAAUUCUAGUAUCACUAUAUCAUUGUUAUUUCACAUUGUAAAUCAUUUUCUAAUCAUUCCAUAUAAUUCCAAUGUAGAACCAUUCACCACCUUCUGGAAAUGGACAUCAUCUCUAUCCUUUAUAACCAUAUUUGUGUUGUGCUAUUUUUCUAAUAAUUCAAACCAAUAAAUAAUACUUUUAAAUACUAA